UAAUGAUUUUGCUAGUUUAACAUUGCUUUCUAUUACACUUUUGAUCCUCUUACAGCCUGUUGACAAUAAUGUUGACAUGAAUUUAUCCUUGGACAAGACAAACACGGACUCUGCGGCGGUUGCUUCAAGGUUAUCUCACAAGGUUUCUGGUGGGGAUGCCUCAUUAGCCUGUCCUAUUGCCAAGGCUGAAAAGGGCGCUGCUGCUGCUGCUGAUAACUGGAAUGUGUUCGACAAUGGGUAUGAGGAAAAGCAAGCAGCAGCCGAGCGUGCAGCUUACUCAGCUUACAAGCGUGCAAAUAAGAAAGAAGGUGGCACAUCCUCUGCUCUGAUGGACAUCAAGCCACGGGACAAUAAGACCGACAUGAAUAAGUUGGAGGAGUCUGUACGCAGUAUUCAAAUGGACGGUCUCACGUGGGGUGCUUCAACGGUUGUGCCGGUGGGUUAUGGCAUCAAGAAGCUCCAGAUCACGCUGAUGUUCAUGGAUGAUGUGGUGUCUGUUGAGACUCUGAUAGAUGAAGUUCUCUGUCAUGCACUCAGCAACGAUUAUGUCCAGUCCUGUGACAUUGUCGCCUUCAACAAAAUCUAGACUAGGCGAAUCUGCUGGAUUCUUGGUACUGGGGCCGGUCGUUCUUGACAUCCGCGUGCCAUUUGGUUGCCCCUCUCACAAAAAUGCUGUAUUAGUUUUGUUUUUGAGUGAUGCCCUGGUCCUGAGUAUGUGUUACCUUCAAAUAGUUGAACUGGUGAGCGGCCUGUAAUGGUGAAACAUCUGUGAUGUGGAGUAAAACCACUCAUCCUUGGUAUGCAAGGGCUGAUGUAGAUUAUCAGUGCAUACAUGUUCACUUUGAACCUGAGACCCUAGGAAAGGAAAUGUUGAGCAAUGUUAUAGCCCCGUGCUAUGCAUGCCAGCCUGAUAGUUUAGCCGACACUGAAUUCCUGAUGGGGGUGUAAUCGUUGGUGUAUGUGCACAUUUUUCUGGCUUCUAGCUGUAUACAAUGACCGCGUGAAUACUUUGUGGCAGUGUGUGUGCUUUU